AUGGGUUUCCUCGGUAUCCUUGAAGACAAGCACCUCGCGCACGUCCCUGCAACGGUCGUUCUCAGCGAGGAACAGAAUCCUUUGACAGUUCCUGAUGGGACAGUACCACCAGAGCGCUUGAAGCGCGGUACUGGUAAAGAUGCAGAGAUCAUCUUAAUUCCCCAACCAUCCGAAGAUCCAAAUGAUCCAUUAAACUGGUCCUAUACCCAGAAGUUGGUCAUCACGGCCAUCGUCGCAUACGGCUCUAUACUUUAUGCUGCCGUGCUCUCCCCUCUUCUGUCGCCUGCCCUCGUCGUCAUCGCAAAAGACUACAACAAGCCCGUCUCAACCAUUACAAAGAUAUCCGGAUACAUGCUCCUCGUGACUGGAGGUGUCGGCCCAAUAGUCAAUGCAUUAUCUCGAAAAUACGGGAAACGCCCGCAGCUAAUAAUCGCUUCGCUUUUCGGUCUUCUCGGUACUGUUAUUGGGAGUGCCGCAAAUAGCUACGAGGGACUUAUGGCUGGGCGCAUCAUCCAAGGAGGUUCGGUCUCUGCUUUCGAAUCACUCGUGGUUACCAUGAUCGGCGAUCUCUUCUUCGUCCACCAACGCGGUGCAUACAUGACAGUCAUCCAAUUCAUCCUGGCUGCUGCUUCUAACGGCUCCGCCGUAAUUGUCGGACCCAUCGCAACGAACCUUGGAUGGCGCUAUACCUUCCAUAUUCUGGUUCCUUUCACGGCGAUCCAAGUACUCCUACUCUUCUUCUUCGUCCCGGAGACCAACUACAACCGCGACCAUCGGUACGACAUCGAUGAGCUAUCCAGCGAUAACUUGGCAGAUCUGGCAGCUCUCGAGAACAAACAUGGUAAUGAUCCAGAGAAAAUGAGGGAUAGCGACGAUAUGAUCAAAGUCGAAAAGACUACGAGCAGCACAAGACUGAUCCCCCCGAAGAAGACGUAUCUGCAGAGUCUGGCCAUCUUUAGUGGAACCCACUCAGACGAAAACCUUUUUCAACUUGUCAUCGCUCCUUUCGCCGUCUGUCUCAACCUCGCUGUUCUUUGGAUGGUCGUAGUAACCGGAGGUCUGACUGCGUUCUUCGUCGCACAAUCGUACGUCAUGGCACAGAUCUUCAUGGCUCCUCCAUACCUCCUCACAACAGCUGGUGUCGGCUAUCUCUCUGUCGGACCCUUCCUUGGCGGUCUUCUAGGUUCCAUUCUUGUGGGUGUGACAUUGGAUCCCUUGAUCAAGUGGUGUGCCAAGAAGAACAAAGGCGUCUACGAGCCAGAAUACCGCCUCCUCGCCAUGGUCUUUUCUGUUACCAUCGUCAUUGGAAUAUGCUUGUUUGGUCAUUUCGCCGAACAGGGUUCCUCAUUCUACCUGACUGCCUUUUUCCAUGGCAUGGAUCUGUUCGGCAUUGUCGUCGCAUGUAUCUCGGUAUCUUCCUACGCGCUUGACGCCUUCCGCCACCUUAGUUCCGAAAUGUUCAUCAUGAACAUGGUGUUCAAGAACUUCCUCUUCUACGGAUUUUCCUACUUCGUCAACGACUGGACCGCGAGUUCCGGGCCUUCGGUAGUGUUCAACACGUUUGGUGGCAUCGCGGGUGGUAUGAUACUUACUACGCCUCUUUUCUUCUUCUGGGGCAAGCGCUACAGGAGCUACUGGCACAGGCACAACUUGCUUGAGAAAUGGGGCAUCGCGACGCAUGCGGAGAUCUAG